AUGUCCCGGUUGUGUGGUUCAUCAUUAAUGGACGAUAAUGUUAUGCGACGCUAUACAGAUAAAUCAACUGAAGCAUCACAUUAUGUACAAUAUGAUCAAGGCUAUCGUGUUGAAUAUUGUGCAGCAUCGGAUGCUUUUACACAUGCAUCAGAAACAUUUAAAGAAUUCUUUAAUCAACGUCGUCGAUGGAUGCCUUCAACUAUGGCAAAAGAUACAAAACAUACAACAUAUGUGAAUGAAAAUAUUUCGAAAGUAUGUAUGUUUUAUCAAGCAGUUCUAUUUCUAUUGACUAUUGCUGAAUCAUAUACAAUAUCAAUUUUACCAGCACUUUUUUAUGUACUUGUAUCUCUGAAAACAAAAUCGAAUACACGAAUUGCUAUUGAUGCAAUUAUGACUGCUAUCUAUGCGUUGGUUAUGUCAAUAGUACUUGUAGCAACAACUGCUCAAAUUCUUAAAUCAGGUUUCUUAGAUCCAAGUGCUGUUUUUCUACCGAGUGUUGCUAUAACAUUUACUGUUACUGGUUUACUUCAUCCAAAUGAAAUGUUUAAUUUAAUACAUGGUUUUCUUUAUCUUGUAACAAUUCCUGGUGGAUAUCUUUUGCUUGUUACUUAG